AUGAAAACAUACGGAAGACCGACAUGGCGCGUCUAUGACGACGAGCGAGCAGCCAAGAAAAGACGCGUCCAAGAUGAGUCUGAUGAGGCAGAGACCAAUCUGCAAUAUGCGAUUCGUGAAUCUUCUGCCGCGGUGUUGUCCAGCCCGUCGCGUCGCAACUCGGUCGUGUUGUCCGAAGGCACGUUAGAUGACAUCGACGAUCUCACCACACCCCCAUCGUCGCCGCCCCCGCGGUUGACACCACCACCGGCUAACACCCGCAAACCGACCUUUGCAUUCCUCAAGCGCAAACACACCAAGGAUGCUCCGGCCUGGUCACCCCUCACCGAGGUCAACUCGAACAGUGUGCGCGCCUCGGCGGACCCGCAAAAGGCGCAAAAGCAGCCGGCCCUGCGCCAAAUGCAGAUUGACUUGGGGAAUGAGGUGCGCAAGACCUGCGCAACAUGUGGGAUGGAGUACAUUCCAUCGGAUACGGAGGACGCCGCACUGCACAAAAAGUUCCAUGAGAUGAACUCAACCGGGGUGGAUCUGGGCAAGGCCUUUAUGCGCGCAAAUGCAUCACGCUGGGUUUAUGAAGCGACUCGUUUCGACGAAGGCUAUGUGGUUAUCGUCGAUCGCAAGGCGUCGCCCAGUGCCAAAAACCAGGCCAAGAGGGUUCUAGAGGUCGUCAACAAGGAACUCUCAUCACCCGAGAUCGAGGACGAGGUCCUCUGGAGCCAAAUCGUGCCCCCGAAACAUUUGCAACAAGAUGGUUCCGAGAAGGUCGACCGGUAUCGGGUUUUCCUCCACAUGAAAGAUAGCCGCUGUGUCGGGCUCUGUUUGACAGAGCGCAUCUGGGAAUCGCGACCGGUGGCAUCGGCAGAACCCAACGGCAACGAUGCACCCAACGGUUCGUCCAUUUCGCUGCGCGAUGAGACCCACCCGGCUAUCGUUGGGGUUUCUCGUAUCUGGACCUCGGGUUCCUCACGGCGCAAAGGAAUCGCGCUGGAUCUCUUGGACUGUGUGGUGAGCAAUUAUAUCUAUGGGAUGGAGUUGCCCAAGGAUCAGAUUGCCUUUAGCCAGCCCACCGAAAGUGGAAAACGUCUGGCCCAUAAGUUUUUCGAGGAAGAAGAGACAUGGCAUGCCUAUAACGAGCAGUGA